GUGUUGAGCCACGUCAUCACCCUACUGGGCGCCUGCUACGUGGCCUCCCGCGCCCAUCGCUCGGCGCAGCUCGGGAAGGCGGCGUUCUCGGGGAAGCCAGUGGUGCACAUGACCAUUGUGCAGGACCCAGCGAACAACGAGAGCUUCGAGGUGCGUGAGGCGGCGUACCGGGAGUUCCUCUCAAAGUGCCCGGCCACCUGUG